AUGGCAGAACUUGGCAAACUAAUAAAGAAAAGAGGUGUAAUUAAAGCUCAGUUAACUAUUUUCACAAAAGCGGUAAAUGAAUUUGCAACUAUAUCUAAUUUAAGCCAAACAGAAGUUACAAAAUUAAAAGAUAGGUUACGUGAUGCCGAAAAUUAUCUUGACGAAUUCAAAUCAUAUCAAUUAGAAAUAGAGUUACAGGAUGAUAUAAAUUUAGAUGAGCAAUUAAUCGAACGAGAGAGAUUUGAAAAUUCAUAUUAUGAUGCAAUCGCUGUUGCUAAAAACAUUUUACAAAGCUACAAUAAUCACGAUAAUGAUACAAAUCUUAGCGUGAUUUCAGACAAAGCUUGUUGUAAAAACGAGGGUAUAAAGCUUCCGGAUAUAUCACUUCCUAAAUUCAGUGGAAACUUUGAAGAUUGGUUAGAAUUCAGGGACACAUAUAAAAGCCUUAUUCAUGAUAGAAAAAAUAUGCCGCUAUUAAUUGAUACAGUGCUAGGUUGGGUUGUAUCUGGGCAAAUAAGUACUAACAACGUUGAAAAGGCUUCUUGUAAUUUAAGUAUAAACCAGGAAUUAUUAAAUUCAAUAGCCAAAUUUUGGGAAAUCGAGGAAAUAUCUAGCACGCGACAACUUUCUCCAGAUGAACAAUUUUGCGAGGACAAUUUCAUCAAAACUACUACCAGAGACGCGAACGGACGUUUUACAGUCACUAUACCUUUGAAGCAACAACCUUCUAGUUUAGGUGAGUCGAAAGCUCAAGCCGAAAAACGUUUCUAUGCAUUAGAACGAAAAUUCAGGAGAGAUCCAAUGCUGCACAGCAGAUAUAUACAAUUUAUGAACGAGUAUAAAGAGCUAGGCCAUAUGACAAUUUGUAACGGCAAUGAUUCAAGCUUCGAAUAUUUCAUGCCGCAUCACGGAGUUUUGAGAGAAGAGAGUUUGACCACAAAACUACGGGUAGUUUUCGAUGCAUCAGCGCCCUCUAGCAACGGUCUAUCCUUCAACAAUAUUCAAGUCAUUGGACCCGUUUUACAAGACGAUUUACUAUCAAUAGUCUUAAGGUUUAGGAAAUAUAACUAUGUAGUUUCGGCAGACAUAGUUAAAAUGUACCGGCAAAUUUCAAUAACGCCCGAGCAAAGGCAUUUGCAAAAAAUUGUAUGGCGCGAAAAUCCGAGUGAUAACCUGGAAGUCUACCAGCUAAAUACCGUUACAUACGGGCAAGCCUCUGCCAGUUAUCUUGCAAUACGCUGUUUAGCUAAACUCGCUGAGGAUAUUCAAGAAAUGAACCCGGAAAUAGCCGAAAUCAUUAAGCACGACUUUUAUGUAGAUGACCUGUUAACAGGUGCACCUACACUUGAGCAUGCGCAAUACAUAUGUAAAGCGAUAAGUGACACUCUUAAAUCGGGAUGUUUCGCACUCCGAAAAUGGUGCUCUAACGACACCAACGCGCUCAAAAAUAUAAGUUCAAAUGAUUUAAAAUCCGAUAUACUAGAAUUUGCGCAUGAUGGCAAAACAAAAACAUUAGGCUUGAUAUGGGUUUGCAAUAACGAUAAGCUUCAAUAUAAAAUUCAUACCAAUCCUAUAGGUACAAAGGUCACAAAACGCACAAUUUUAUCUACUAUAUCAAAAAUAUUCGACAUCCUUGGUUUACUAAGCCCAUGUACUAUUAUCGCAAAAAUGAUAAUGCAAAAAUUAUGGGAAAAUAAAUUAGCUUGGGAUGACGCUAUUCCAAAAGCUAUAUCUGAAAAUUGGGUAAGGUUGGAGAAGGAGCUUCUUAUUUUGAACGAUCUUGAGUUAAACAGACAAGCUAUUUGCAAGAAUGCUGUUGAAUUACAACUGCAUGGUUUCGCUGACGCUUCGGAAAAGGCUUACGGAGCCUGUGUUUAUUUGAGAAGUAUUGAUUCCGAUCAAAAGGUUCAUGUAUCCCUGUUAUGCGCCAAAGCAAAGGUGGCACCUAUAAAAACAAUACCAAUCCCGCGGUUGGAAUUAUGCGCAGCAUUGCUUCUAGCCCGCCUAACAGAUAAAGCUAAAACUGCUUUGAAAAUUCAAUUCAAAUCUUUCACACUUUGGUCGGACUCAACUAUAACUCUAGCUUGGGUACGCACAAGCCCGAAUCUGCUAAAAACAUUCACGGCCCAUAGAGUGGCAGAAAUUCAGUCUCUCACUAAACACGCCGAUUGGAGGCACAUCCCCACCCACGAUAAUCCAGCAGAUAUUGCUUCAAGGGGAAUAUAUCCUAGUCAAAUUUUAAACUCUGAUUUGUGGUGGCGCGGCCCUACUUGGCUAGCUAAGGACCCAAGUUUUUGGCCCAAUGACAAGCUGGAGGUGCUUCAUGAUUUACCUGAACUUAAAUCCAGUCUUCUGACCAAUGUUGCGCCCCCUACUCUGAGUUUUCCCUUUGAACGUUUUUCAAAUUUCUCAAGAAUGCAACGAACAAUGGCAUACAUUUUACGAUUUAAGGAUAAUUGUCUUCAGAGAAAUCGCAGAAGAGGCGGUUCUCUUACAGUACAGGAGUUAAGUGAUUCUCUAAAAUGUCUCAUUCGAAUUUGUCAAUCUCAAUCGUAUUCUACCGAAAUUGAAACAUUGAAAAAUAACAAGCCUUUGAGCUCCCAUAGUAAUCUAUUAAGUCUUAGUCCCUUUCUAGAACCCGAUGGUUUGCUACGCGUAGGAGGGCGACUAAAACAUUCAAAUUACUCCUUUGACAAAAGGCAUCCAAUUUUGAUCAAUUCAAAGCAUCAUUUUUCAAAGCUACUAUUUUUACAAGAACAUGAACGCCUAUUGCAUGGCGGCCCUCAGCUGCUCUUAAGCACUAUAAGAGAAAAUUACUGGGUUAUAUCCGGUAGAAAUCUUGCACGAAAGACUGUUAAGAAUUGUGUGAAAUGCUUCAAAUUCAAUGCUAAAACCAUACAGCCAAUUAUGGCCUACUUACCGCGCGAUAGAACUAAUCCUUCUAGUGCAUUUUCAAUAGUGGGAGUUGAUUACGCGGGGCCAUUUAUGAUUAACGAUAAGAAAGGUAGAGGUUGUCGUUUAAGUAAAUGUUAUAUUGGCGUAUUUAUUUGUUUAUCAACUAAAGCAGUCCAUUUGGAAUUGAUUUCUAGCCUUUCUUCAGAAUCAUUUAUUCAAGCGCUAUAUCGUUUUGUCUCUAGACGAGGCAAACCAUCAAAAAUAUUGUCCGACAAUGGAACAAGCUUCGUCGGGGCACAGCGAGAGCUAAAGGAUUUUCUAAAACAUGGCAGCAACACUAUAAUCGAGAAAUGUAGCUCUCAGAAUAUAGAGUGGAGUUUUAUACCACCCUACUCUCCUCAUUUCGGAGGUUUGUGGGAAGCAGCUGUCAAAAGCGUAAAGCAUCAUUUAAGGCGCGUUUUGACCCAAGUUCAUUUAUCAUUUGAAGAAUUUGCCACAGUUCUCGCACAAAUCGAGGCGAUUUUGAAUUCGCGUCCUUUAUGCCCACUGAGCUCUGAUCCCAACGAUUUUGGACCUCUUACCCCAGCUCACUUCUUGAUUGGAAGACCAAUAAUUGCAGCACCUGAUCAAGAUGUCACCGACAUAAAAAUGAAUCGACUUUCCAGAUUUCAGCUCGUACAACAAUUAGCACAGCACUUCUGGAACAGAUGGAAAUCUGAGUACAUUGCGGAGCUCCAAAGACGCACCAAAUGGAAGUCCAACCAAGGCCAUCUAGUAGAAGAUUCUCUCGUUUUAGUGAAAGGCGAGAACACUAUGCCCACUCAGUGGUUAUUAGGUAGAAUCAGCAAGCUCCAUAGAGGCCCUGACGAAACAACUAAAACCUAUAUAUUAAGCGUAUAUGCUGCUGAUACGAGUAAAAGUCAAGAAGAAACAGACUCAUUCUAUGAUGAACUGCAGAUCACCAUGGAUAAGAUACCGAAGCAAGACGAAAUUAUGAUACUGGGAGAUUUUAAUGGAAGGAUUGGUAACGAGGUUAUUAGUGGAAUUAAGAAUCGGUUUAACGAAGAAACACUCAACAGCAAUGGAGAACAACUCAUACAAUUCUGUGCACAUAUUGAACUACGCAUUAACAACACGUUUUAUCCCCAUAUCGAGAACACAAGAGGACAUAAAUCGAUUAUAUACUACAUUAUUACAAACAGAAAUAUUCAUCCCUCAAAAAUAUUAGAUGUCAGAACAUUAACCUCAGUAAACACAGGGACUAACCACCAUAUGGUGCUAGCCAUAAUGCGGAACUGCGUACAAAGGAAAACCCAGAACAAACCGAAAGUGACAGAAAAGCUGAACAUAGAAAGCCUUAGCGAUGAUACCACAAAAUACCUCUACCAGCAAAGACUAAGGAAGGCAAUAAAUGAAAACAAGAUCUUGAAAGAUGAUACUGUAGAACUAGCAUGGAAAAGAUUAAGUACUAAUAUAAGGACAGCUGCAGAAGAGGCAUUAGGCAAACGAAAGGUGAACCUAAACGGAAAGCUCAACACGAAACCAUGGUUCACACACGAAAUCAAAUCACUUGCAGAAGAAAAAAGGAAAGCAUAUCUUCAAUGUAGAAGUCAAACAAUUACAUAUGCUAAUUACAAAGUCGUGAGGAAUAGGACAAAUAUGUAA